ACGAGAAUGGCGUUCUUCGAAGAUAGCAGCACCCGCGGCUAUCUUCUCUCCUCGAGUCCUCGCUUUGCUUCGCUCUUCCCCUCCGUCAAGGCUAAACCAUCUCUUGACACGUCCAUGAGCUCACCUGGGCCGUCUUCUGCAGAUAUCCAAACUCAUAUCUACAACUCGUUUCUUGAGGGGAAGACUGCGGACGUAGCGCUUCACGUCCAGGGAUCCUGGAACGCGAUCUACAAGCUACAUCGUGUCGUUCUAAUCCAGGCGGGGUUCUUCCGUAGCUUGUUUGAUGGCGGGUUCGCUGAGUCCAAAUCGAGAAUGAGAGCUUCGCAUGCUCAUCCGGGGAUUGUGGACAUGAUACUCGAAGAUACGAACAUCACAAGAGCAGCAUUCGAGCUAUGCAUUGCGCGACUCUAUGGCGGAGGGCCUGAGCUAUAUGUGGAUACAACAACAAUCCCUACGCCCGCCAAACCCUUGACGCCCUCGUUCCCCGUCCCCGGUCCACGUCCCACUGUUCCUCCCGGCCAACAGCUCGCCACACCUCGUUUCCUCCUAUCCUUACUCGCCGCAUCCAUCUACCUCUCUAUUCCCUCUAUCACUCGCCAGUGUGUGACUCUCAUCCUGAGCUCUGUAGGACCCUAUACCGUUGUGUCGUACCUCUCGUUUGCCGUAGGGGAUGGGAUCGGACCAUUGACGGAAGGGGACACAGACAGUGCAGCAGGUCUCGAACGUGUUGCAGAGUCGGUGAAGGUGGACCCGGAACGGUACCUUUCUCUUCGUCGAGCGCACGCCAGACAGCAGAAAGGCGAAGAUGGACAGAGUAUCUCUCUGGCCUCUGAAGCAGCGUCCGUGCGUGAAGGGGAGAAUACCGGUGAUCAGUUGUCUACCUUUGACCUCGAGUCGAGAAAGGAGGACCCGUCGAUCUACGAAGACUCUUCGGGAUCAUCUAUCCGCGGCUUCGAAAUCUUGAACCACAACCAGCUAUACCUUCACUAUGGCACCGUUUCUGACAAGAUCGGAGAGGCCGCUGCCUGUUGGCUAGCUCGCUGGGGUGUAGAUAUGCUUCACUACGAGGUCCAGGCGAAGGAUGCGACUAAAUCUGGCCCUGGAUCGAUGGGUCCCUCAUCAGAGAACAGUGGAACAGCACGGCGUUCGACUGUCUCCACCACUCGGCCUACCGGCGGUUUCUUGACUUUCCAGCCCAUGCCCUCCAGCGUUCCCGUCAUAUGGCGUCGAGGUGGAAUUGCUCCUCGAUGGAUACGUGCUCUCCUGUCAUCUGACUCAAUGUUCGUGAAGGAUGAAAAGGAGAGAUAUGAUGCGGCAAAGAUGGUGGUCGAGUUGCGGCGGAGCGAAGGGAUAGACGUGGAGGAGGAGAUCGAGUUCACGAAGUUAUUUACAGAAGGAAUCUACUAUCAGAACAUGUCGCUGGAAGACCUCGUUUCUAUAUUCGAGGAUGUAUCACCAACCACUGGCCAAAGCUAUAUUCCACUGGGGGUCAUCCAAUCUGCUCACUGGAACCAAGCACUCUUGCACCACAAGAUCACCGGUCGUUCCUUCUCUUCGGCUUCCCCGCCAUCGUCGCCUAAUCCUGGCGGAUCUCGCGACAAGGAGCUCGGCGUGUCGAUACCCACCACAGAGAUUGUCGAGAAACUGCUAGGGGCGAACCAUGACGCGGAAAAGGACCGCGCUUAUUGGCCAGUGCCUGCAGACGCGUCCUAUCGAAUCGGAGAUGGUUCUGCAAUUGAUGGCGCCACGAUGGAUGAGCUUUUCGAGCGUCCCUCCGCGGCCAACGGCAAGGGAGCGGGUCAUGCCACGACAUCUGAGUCCACAUUCUUUGGACUCAAGACGAACCGGACUCUUGCACCGAUGUGCUCGCAGGUACCGAAAGUGACCAGGUGGUCGCCAUACCCUCCAUGUCGUUUCGCCGUCGAGUUUUGGGAUGUGGAAGCUUUGCGAGAGAAGAGCCGCUUACAUUCUCAUACCAUCUGGUACGCCGGGAGUCUCUUCAACGUAUACGUCCAACUCGUCCGCAAGAAAGGACUUCAACUAGGAGUGUAUCUCCACCGACAAUCCAGCAUCGAUCCUAUACCCCCUGCAUCAGCUCCAUUUGGAUUGCACCGCGCUGAACGGACUCAUACUCGGAACAUGUCUACGCCCACUGUGCCCACCUCAGUCUCCACGCCCAACGUGCAGCAGACCGCACACUCUCCACUCACGCAAACACGCUCUACGACGCCCACCUCCUCGACAACGGCAGGCUCUACUGUACCCAAUACCCUUCCCGCUUGUGCGCCACCUAUUGCACCACCACAGCCUUAUCGAGAUCCCCGCCCUGCCGUCUCCGCAUAUUUCACGAUAUCAUGCGCGAGUGCAACGGGAUCGUCUCUCACGUUAUUCACGAGCGCACCAGACGUUUUCUCGGUCAGUCAGAGUUGGGGAUGGAAGAGCAGCUCUUUGAGGACGGAGGAGUAUCUGGAGGUGACGGGGAAGGAUGGAGUGCCGGCGAGCACGAUGCCGAGUGAGAAGGAGUGCAGCUUGAGAGUGACCGUUGUGUUGGGCAUUGUUUGAUUUUUCUUUUCUUUUCUUUUCUGUCCGUCGACUUCUAGGAUCAAUUUACCACUUAUGCUUCAUUUGCAUUCUUUUAGGGAUUUUCGGGAAUCUGCAUUUUUAUAUUUCUUGCCAGGACACCCAUGUAUACACGACCCUCCCUGCUCCAUCUAUGCACAUGUACAGUACACAUACUAUAAUUCUCAUCGUUAUGCUCUUCCAUUAUUGACGUUUACUAUUAGGAUAUCCUUUUGUCGUGUUUUGAGAAAGUGGUUGAAUGAUAU